AAGCUCUCUCCUUGGGCUCGUGGCAUCGCCUGGUGCCCGCGUGCCAGAAGACUACUGUCCCAAUUUUUAAACUCAGGAUAAGACAUUUAAGUCUAUAUCGACGAUUAUACAAACUUUUAAAUAUUGUGUGAAAGUUAUAGCAUAUCGACGUUUUUGGGGACUCGGUGGCAUCAGUCGGUUGCUUCGUUGUACAUUAGGAUAACCGUAUUUUGAUCUAGUCAAAAAAACCUCUCGAGAACGGAUAACGAGGAGGAAGACACUUCGACCAUGGUUGUGUUUACACAGAAUGACUGAAACGAUAUUUCCAAAGAGCAACCGAUGCGAGGGACGACGCGAGGGACGAGUACAUUUAUGGAUGGUCCUGGUAGGGCACAUUGGAACUCCAUUACUGUGUGAAUAGCCUACAAUUGACUUUUGCUUCCAGGACUCUCCCUUUCGUUCUACCUUUGGGUCUGGAGUUUGUGGUUCUGUCUCUCUGGGAUUGUAGUUUUGAGGGAGAGUGUGGUGUCAUGUCUUGGAUAUAGACCUUGCUAUGAGUCUGGCGUGGAAAGUACCUCGUGGAAGGUGUGCAGCGGGCUACAGACUGGAAGGACUCGACAUCGGCAACUGAUAGGCUACCCCCGUUUUUACCGAGCGUAAUGCACCUGGCAUGAAGACAGAGAAUGGAUAUUAUUUGGGAACUAUUUAUUAUUCUUCACGCCAAUUUCAUCAUCUGUGUAUCAGCUCAGCCAAAUGCACCUAAAAUACAUGAUGGAUGGUGGGCAUACAAGGAGGUGGUUCAGGGGAGCUUCGUACCAGUGCCGUCAUUCUGGGGGCUAGUGAACUCAGCGUGGAACCUGUGCUCCGUGGGGAAGAGGCAGUCUCCCAUCAACAUCGAGACCAGCCACAUGAUCUUUGACCCCUUCCUCACGCCCAUCCGGCUCAACACGGGAGGACGCAAGGUGGGCGGGACCAUGUACAACACGGGUCGCCACGUCUCACUGCGAAUGGACAAGGAGCACCUGGUGAACAUCUCCGGCGGACCAAUGACGUACAGCCACCGCCUGGAGGAGAUCCGGCUGCACUUCGGGAGCGAGGAUGGACAGGGCUCUGAACACCUGCUCAACGGACAAGCCUUUUCAGGAGAGGUUCAACUUAUACACUACAACCACGAGCUGUAUACCAACUACACAGAGGCAGCGAAGAGCCCCAACGGACUGGUCAUAGUGUCUAUAUUUAUGAAGAUUGCGGAGACUUCGAAUGCAUUCCUGAAUCGAAUGUUGAAUAGAGACACCAUCACAAGAAUAACAUAUAAAAAUGAUGCAUAUUUGCUGAUGGGCCUGAACAUCGAGGAGAUUUACCCAGAAACCUCUAGUUUUAUCACAUAUGACGGGUCGAUGACCAUCCCGCCUUGCUUUGAGACGGCCACAUGGAUCCUGAUGAAUAAGCCAGUGUACAUCACACAAAUGCAGAUGCACUCCUUACGACUGUUGAGUCAGAACCAGCCGUCUCAGAUCUUCCUGAGUAUGAGCGACAACGUUCGCCCGGUCCAACCUCUGAACAACCGCUGCAUCCGGACCAACAUCAACUUCAGCAUGCAGGGCAAAGACUGUCCCAACAACAGGGCCCAGAAGCUCCAGUACCGAGCCAAUAUAUCUGGGCAACUGCUGCACAAAAUGUGAAUUUUACCCCUGAAGCGUAUAUACAGUGAGGGCAAGAGUGAAUGAGUGGCUGCUAAAGUAGUCUCUCUUGGGUGAGCACAGAAACAAGACACAAUGACAGAGACAGGAGGGGGAUAUGAGAGAGAGAGAGAGAGAGAGAGAGAGAGAGAAAAGAAAGGAAGGAAAGAAAGAAAGAAAGAAAGAAAGAAAGAAAGAAAGAAAGAAAGAAAGAAAGAAAGAAAGAAAGAAAGAAAGAAAGAAAGAAAGAAGGAAACAACUGGAAACCGCACCAAGGCUGCAUCUCAUCUAAGAUUAUUUCAUGUAAAAAGAGAAAAAAAAAGAAACUGAACAUUAUCAAGUAAAAGACUUUGUGUUGCUUUGCAAAGAGACGACUACUUUUCAUACGUACAUCGAGAACUAUUUGAAUUCCAACACAUACUAACUGACACGUCCAGUACAAAUAUAUCUAUUACGAAACCUGUUUUGAUACUGAUACUUUUUUGGGAGAUAACAAAAUGUUUAAAACGUACAAAAACACUGAAGCAUUUAUUUCAUACAGCCUCUUCUUCACACGGACUGAGUAGGACUGAUUGGGACUUUUAGCCUUUGUACAUAGACACCUUGCUACCAAUGAGAUCUUAAGGACUUAUCAAGACGACGCCCCUAGUGGUUUAGACAGAGAAGUUCUUCAAGGCUCAUAGCUGCGUCGUCAUCACCGUCACUUACAAGGCAUGCCGACUGCAACAACCCAAGAGAGCUAGACCUUCCAGUCUUGCCUUGUAAUAGGAGGUCAUUAUCAAAGCAACAACGGGACAGGAUCUUCUGUCUAACUGAUGAACCGAUGAGUGUCUUGGCCUUUGUUGUACAUAGUAUAAUUAUCAGUACUGCUGAAAAACUGAAUAUGUAAAGAAAAAUACAAAUAAACAUUUUAAAAGAUAUAUUAAGAGGAUAAAAAAAAGAUGAGUAUUUUAAAGGCCCAGUGCAGUCAAAAAUGUGAUUUCUUGUGUUUUAUAUUUCCACACUAUGAGGUUGGAAUAAUACUGUGAAAUUGUGAAAAUUAUGAUAAUGCCCUUUUAGUGUAAGAGCUGUUUGAAAAGACCACCUGAAAUUUCAGCCUGUUUUGGUUUGAUGGAGUUUUGGCCUGCCUGGUGACAUCACCAUGCAGUAAAUUAGUUAAUAGACCAAAAGAGUUCCAAACCUCUCAGACAAUAACAGAUAAUUGUCUGUUUUUCCCCUCCCCAAUCAGACCAAUCCCAGACAGAUCUAGCAAAAUUCUUGCUUGAGAAAUUGCCCUUUGCUAAGAAGCUAUUUUUUGUUUAUUUUUGGCCAUUUUAAUUGAGAAUAAAUCACAGUUAUGUACUUAAUUGUUAUCCAGAAAUGAUUUGAUAUUGAGAUUAACACUGGCUGCAAUGGACCUUCAAACGCUUGGUUCACUUUGAAUUGUGGAAGCAGUUCUGAGCUGAAGCCUGUUUUAUUGCUUACAAUGGUCUUACACUGUGUUUGAGUAAUGUUAUCAGCCCAAUAAAUGUGUCUGGAAAGUUCACUUUGGAAAAUAUGCUUCACUUUACACUGUUGUUUCUAUGUAUAUGGUUAUUGAAUGAAGUUAGCGUGGUGAGCUGUACACGUUGGUGAGUGAGCAGACCGGUCUCAACUACAGCAAGAUGCUAUAUGUCAUCCA